CACAGCUCCCCUCCUGAGCUGCAGCAGGCGUGCGGCGGCAGCCCAGCGGAUUGGGAAAGCGGAGUCCUGAGCAGCGGAUUGGGAUCAGCGGCGUGCGGAGAGAGACACGGGGAGGUGCUGGACUAUGGGAGAGAAGGACCCCACUCUCAGCAUCCCGCUCAGAUCAAAUGCCUCAUUAUCUGUCAGUGCAAGUGAGACAAGGACGAGGAAGAUGGGCACCUGUGACAGACUGUGGUAAAAACUCUUGAGAAAACUCACUUGCCGUCCUUCCUACCCCUGCCGUUACUCACUCCGUAAUGUAAACUCAGCUUGGCUUUCCACACGUCAGCCAGCGAAACCAUGGACCUUGGCAGAACUCUUCGGACCCUCCCGAUCAGGAUCUAGCGCCUUUCAGCGCGACCCCCCGCGGGACCCUCGCGCUUAAACGCCCAGGGAGCGCUACCAUGAGGAUUACGGCCUCCUCCUGCCUCUGUCCGCUGCUCGUCUGCCUCUGUGUGGUCCGAGGAGGGCACGGGACAGGCCACCACAGCCCCAGCAAGGUGCCCAGGAACCAAACCAAGCUCCCGGAUGGGGAGAAGGAGGUGCACCACAGGCCCAAACGUGGCUGGAUUUGGAAUCAAUUCUUCGUUUUAGAGGAGCACUUUGGUCCGGACCCCCAGUACGUAGGAAAGCUCCACUCCAACUCAGACAAAGGUGAUGGAUCUGUCAGGUACCUGCUCUCUGGAGAAGGUGCCGGAACGAUAUUCAUCAUCGACGAGGUGACAGGAGACAUCCAAGCCACAAAGAGCCUGGACCGCGAGAAGAAGGCACACUACGUGUUGCACGCUCAGGCCAUCGAUCGACACAGCAACAAGGCGCUGGAACCCGAGUCGGAAUUCAUCAUUAAGGUUCAGGACGUCAACGACAAUGCCCCAAAGUUUCCCGACGGCCCAUUUGUCGCCACGGUGCCCGAAAUGUCGAAUAUUGGCACCUCGGUGUUCCAGAUCACGGCCACGGACGCGGACGACCCGACCUACGGGAACAGCGCCAGGGUGGUGUACAGCAUCCUGCAGGGGCAGCCCUACUUCUCCAUCGACCCAAAAACGGGUGUGAUCCGGACUGCCCUGGGAAAUAUGGAUCGCGAGGCUCGGGAGCAGUACUCAGUGGUCAUCCAAGCCAAAGACAUGGCCGGCCAGGUGGGCGGACUCUCCGGAUCGACAACGGUCAACGUCACCCUGACGGACGUCAACGACAACCCGCCCAAGUUUGCCCAGAAAAACUACCAGCUCUACGUGCCAGAAUCGGCACAAGUGGGCAAGGCGGUGGGCAAGAUCAAAGCAAAUGAUGAGGAUCUGGGUGUUAAUGCAGAGAUUGCAUAUAGCAUCACCAAUGCAGAGGGGGCGGCCAUUUUCUCCAUCACCUCAGAUAGGGACAAGCGGGAGGGGGUUAUCUCACUGAAGAAGCCCCUAAAUUUUGAGAAGAAAAAAGCCUACACCCUUCACAUUGAGGGAGUCAACACGCACCUGGACCCCCGAUUCUCCCACCUGGGCCCCUUCAAGGACCACACCACCCUGAAGAUCAUUGUGGGCGAUGUGGAUGAGGCCCCUGUCUUCUCCAUGGACUACUACAUAAUGGACGUGUAUGAAAACGCUGAGGUUGGGGCAGAGGUGGGGGCGGUGACGGCUCGGGAUCCAGACAGCACUAACAGCCCAGUCAGGUAUUUCAUUGAUCACAGCAUAAACGGAGAUUCCAAUUUCAACAUCAACGCUGCAACGGGAGUCAUCACGACCACCCGGACCCUAGACCGGGAGGAGACGGCCUGGUAUAACGUCACUGUCGUCACCUCGGAGGUUGACAAUCCAAGUCUCCUCAGUCAUGUCCCUGUCACAGUCCAGGUCUUAGAUGUCAAUGAUAACCCGCCAGAGGUCGCUAUAGACGACGAGGUCAUCGUGUGUGAGAGUUCUAGGCCGAAUCAGGUGAUUCAGACUAUAAGAGCAGCGGAUAAAGACGACUUCGCCAAUGGCCGUUUCUCCUUCACUUUGCCAAGUGACCUGCCCGUCAAUCCAAACUUCACCCUCAAGGACAAUGAAGAUAACAGUGCCAGCAUCGUGGCUCGGAAGCGGCGUUUCAGUAGCGCAUCCCAGGAGCUGUACCGGCUGGCCGUGGUGGUGUCGGACGGCGGAGAACCGGAGCUCAGCAGCACCAGCACGCUAACGCUGCGCGUGUGCGCCUGCGGACAGGGGAAACACGCCCGCACCUGCCAGGCCCAGGCCUUCCUGUCCGCCGCGGGCCUGAGCACGGGUGCCCUCAUCGCCAUCCUGCUCUGCAUCGUCAUCCUGCUGGCCAUCGUGGUGCUGUUCAUCAACCUGCGGAGCAAGAAGGCCAAGAAGGAGCCUCUGGUCAUGUCCGAGGAGGACGUCCGGGAGAACGUGGUCACCUAUGACGACGAGGGCGGCGGGGAGGAAGACACGGAGGCCUUCGACAUCGUGGCCCUGCGCAACCCCGCCGGCGCCGAGGAGAACAAGCACCGCAGGGACGUGAGGCCGGAUGGGCGGCGGGCGGCAGCCGGCGGUUGCCACGGCAGCUGGAGCCCCUCUCACGUGCUGGACGACGCGGACGUGCAGGCCAUCAUCAGGAGGAGGCUGGUGGACGCAGACCUGGACACUAGCGUGCCGCCGUACGAUUCGCUCCAGACCUACGCCUACGAGGGCCGCGGUUCCGCCACGGGCUCCGUCAGCUCCCUGGACUCCGCAGACGGGCUCUCGGAACCGGAUUACAAUGACGUGGACGACUGGGGGCCAGAGUUCCACAAACUGGCAGAACUCAUCGGAGAGGUUGAGCUGGAAGCAAGGGCCUAGCUUUUGGCUCAUUAAAAAAACACAGACAAAAUAAGAAACAACAACUCUCCCUUCCUCUUCUACCCAGUUUACUAAUAAAAUUUAAAAAAAGGAAAACGAUUUUGGACCAUUCCGCUUGUUCACUUUUACUGUCGAAGGAAUUACUCUUUCUACCAGGUUCUACAAGCGGAAAAUGGUUAUUUGAUUUUGGAAAAAAGGAAAAAAGAAAACCUAAAAUGCAUAAAAAAAUUACAUAUUUUCCCUGGUGUAUAUUUUUUAUUGCUUAAUAAAGUCUGUAAUUCCAAAUAAGAGUAGCACUGGAUGUGAAUUUUAACUGACACUAACUGACAUUUUUGAAACUGGAACAAAGUUAGAGAACUGAGCAAAACUAAAGUAUUUAUUUAAAAUGUCUUAAAAGUUUUAAUAUAUUUUGGUCUGCAUCUUUUACUGUGAUGAAAUA